CUCUGCAAAAUAUCUUUAGGUUCCUAGUGCCUAUCGUUAUCAAACUGCCCCUCCACGUUGUAUGUGUUGACACAGAGGAAGAGCAGGACAACCUCUGAUAAGGGACUGCUUUAAAUGUGGACCCCGAGAAGAAAUUCUCAUCUUCACAUCAACAGAAUAACCUGCAACACUACAAAAAUAUGAAUCUGCAGUUUGUUGCAUUGGCUUUGGCAUUAGCUACUACAGCAGCAUUUCCACUCAAUGAUGAGAUCAGUCGAGACGCAUGGAGUUUACAGAGAGACAAUCAGGCCAUUGACAAGAAAAAUAUUGGCAAAGACUUAAAUGGUGUGUGGAAGAACCAUGUGGUGAGCAGUGACCUUUACUCCCAAGACUCUUACAACCCCAUGGCAGCUGAACUGAGUCGCAAACUGAGUAUGGAGUCUGAGCGCCUGAGGGCUCGUCUCAAGCAGGAGCUUGCUGAACUGAGGGAGAGACUCUCCCCUUACCCCAGCCACCCGAAACACACUAUGGCCAAUGUCAAGGAGUUCCUGUCCCCCUUCACUAAGCAGCUCCAGACGGCUCUCCAGUCCAACACUCAGGAACUCUGUCAGAAUCUCAAUCUGAACCUCCAGGACCUGAACCCAGAGGAAGCCACACUCUACCAGGAGGCAGUGCAGAGGAUCACGCUAGCUUUGGAGGUAAGCCACCAGAAAAGGACAGCAGCCUUUGAGGACUUUAAAACAAAAGCAUUUGAGGCUGUAGAGGAGGAACGAGAUAGCAGUGGAAAGGAGCUUUGGGAGGAAGUUACCGCUAGGCUGGGACAGGAAGUGUGUACCUUCAGUUUAGAGGUACAAGGGAAGGUGGCAGCACUCAAGAUAGCUUUGGCAGGCCAUCUGGCCUCAGCACAGCCUCCAAGGGAUGUGAUGGCUUCAAAAGUGGAUCAGUUCUGCCAGAAUUCCUCAGCUCGGAAUCAACAGUUUAUUUCUAACUUAGACCAACAGAUGAUCGCUCUACACGAAAACCAGAGUCAUAGUGAGUCAGCUGGUUUCCAUCAGACAAACAUAGAAUCCAUACAGGAGGAUUUCUCAACCCGACUCACAGCCCUAUUACAAGACAUCGUUCACACUCUAAAUUAAACAACACACCUCCAUUCCAAUCAGAAAUGCAACUGUAAUGUACUGUAAGUAACAGCUCUUAUGUUUGGAUUGCACACUGUGACCUGUAACUUUUGUAGAACAAUAUUGUUGUUUGUACAGUUUUCAGAAAGAUCCUUAUGUAAAGUACAGCGAAAUCCAUUGAAUUGAAAGACAACAGAAAACCUUUCUUCCAUUUACUGAAGAUAUUCUGUGUGGAUAUACUGUUUCAUAAACAUGUAAAUAAAAAAAGUUCAAUUUGUACAUAUUUGAAAUGAA